ACUAGUAACGCAGCGGCAGCACAAGGCUGUUCCCGAACCCUUAGCAAGUGUGUCCUGUGCGGGCUCCCGUUCUUGUAGUCCGGCAGUCCUGUUCCGCGUUUCCCGUCCUCCUCCUCCUACUGACUGUGGUAGUGUCACCCUCUGCCCUAGGUGUGUGCUGCCUAAUACUGUUGCCGCCUGAGCUGCUGCUGCUUCUGUCAUGUCAUGAUGGCCAACGUUUCUGCUGUAUUUGGUGGCUCCAGAGGGAUAGGCAAAGCUGUUGCAAAGUUAUUAGUUCAACGCGAUCAUAAGGUGGCUGUUAUAUCAAGAAACUUGGAUGUAGCCAAAGCCACAGCUGAAGAGAUUGGAGCUCACCUAGCUUUAAGCUGUGACAUCGCUAAAGAACAAGAUGUUCAACGCACAUUUUACGAGAUUACGAAAAAUCUUGGCAAUGUUAACUACCUGGUCAAUGCAGCAGGCAUAAAUAGAGACGGGCUGUUACUGAGAACCAAGUCGGAGGACAUACUGUCUCAGCUGUCCACCAACCUCAUAGGAUCAAUGCUCACAUGUAAACUGGCAUUGAGGGGUAUGGUCCAGCAGCAAGGCGGUGCCAUUGUCAAUAUAGGAAGUAUAGUUGGUCACAAAGGGAAUGCCGGGCAGAGUAUUUAUAGUGCCAGUAAGGAAGGCUUAGUUGGAUUCUCCAAAUCACUCGCUAAAGAAGUUGCAAGGAAGAAUAUUCGUGUUAAUGUGGUCGCUCCUGGAUUCAUUCACACAGAUAUGACUUCAAGUCUGGAAGAGGACUCGCUGAAUCAGAAUAUUCCCCUGGGCAGAUUUGGAGAAGCGGAUGAAGUUGCUCAUGCAGUUGCUUUCUUGCUGAAUUCUCCAUACAUUACUGGACAUGUACUGAUGGUGGAUGGAGGGUUACAGCUCCAGAUCUAGACUGCCCACUGCCAGGGGUAGUUUGCAUAGAGGAAUGAAAAACCAUGGACAGCUUAAACUAGAUUUUCAGUCAUGACGGGAAAACAUUUGUUCAACCCAUGUAUUCAUUUAGUUGUUAAGAAAUCACCUAGAUAAUGAUCUGCCAUCCCAUUCUUGACAAAAUAUUAGUUGUACAAUAGCUCAACAUUGGCUAAAGGGGGUACACACGGAGCGAUAAUCUAAGCAAUCUGACUAGGUUGCUUAGAUUUUCAGCAAGAUCGCUCCGUGUAUAGCCCUAACAGCGAUAGCGAUGCGCAGCCCCGCGCAUCGCUAUCGCUGGUGCUAGAUUGGCCAAUCUAGCGGGUCGCUCACUUCACCCGCUGGGUGAAAUGAGCGCCCCCGUCUCCGCCCAUACGCUCAGCACACAUCGCGCUGUGCUGAGUGCCGGGAGAGAUGUGUGCUGAGCGGUUCGCUCAGCACACAUCUCACCCGCAUCGGGCCGUGAGUACUGGCCUUAAGACUUUACUGUGUGUGUCUUGUUUCCUAGAGGACUGGUGUAAAAACAACAGGGAGGCAGAUGUAGUAAACCUGGAGAAGUGAUAAAG